UUUCUACUACAAUUCCAAUCGUUAUUGUGCUCUGACAAAAACAAAUUUCGUUAUUGUCCUCUCAUACACCAAAAUUCCUAUAACUUCUACUGUUCUACAAGCAAUUUUUCAAUCUUUUCUAUUGUGACUGCGGAACCCUAAACGCAAUUUAUUAUUGCAUGCACAAGAAAACUUAAAUACUUUAUCUCGUUAGUCUCAUACACCAAAAAUUUGCUAUAAUUUCUAGAACCAAUUUUUUCUUUUCCCUGUGGCAGCUGCACCCACAACGCAUUUAAUUGUUGCAUGCACACGACAUGUUUGAUUCUUUGCCAACGAAGGAAGAAGAACAAGAAGAAGUUGAAAAUGAUUUACCAAAAAAACUAAGUGCAUUGUCAUGUGAAGAAUGCAAAUCUAAGCCAUCAAAAUACAAGUGCCCUGGAUGCUCCUUUCACUCAUGCAGUCUUCCUUGUGUUAAACUUCACAAAGCUCGCACUGGUUGUAAUGGCAAGAGGAACAUCACUCACUUUGUUCCUCUUUCUCACUUUGAUGACAAUAUCCUAUUAUCUGAUUAUAAUAUGCUGGAGGAGGUGAAGAGGGUGGUUGAAUCUGCUCAUAGAAUGAGAGCUCAAUUGGGUUUGCAUAAAAAGUUUAGGUUGCCUCAUCACCUUAGAAGCCUACAAAGUGCUGCUUGGAGCAGAAGAACAAAACUUCUUUUUCUCCCCAAUGGAAUGUCAAGAAGACAGAAUAACCAAUCUCAAUAUGACAAAAGGAAGAAGUAUAUAUCUUGGACAAUUGAAUGGCGUUUUCACUCAACCAAUAUUAUUCUACAUGACCACGAAGUCAAUGAAAAUGCAAGCUUCUGCUCCAUUUUAGAGAAACACCUCAAACCUGGUCCAUGGAACCAUCAGCUAAGGCAAUUUUGUGAGCAACAGCUGGAUUCUCUCAAGCUUUUUAUCCGGCCAAAGGGUCCUAAGUCACCCUUGAAGGAGUUGGAUAUGAAAGCACCAAUAGGACAACAGUUAGCAGAUAUAAUUAUUUUGGAAUAUCCUAUUGUUUAUGUUUUCUCACCAUAUCAAGUAUCCAAUUUUGAAGUUAAUAAGAAUGUCAAUCACAACAAUGAAAGUAAUCAAAGUCAAGAAGAUGUGCCUUUUAGGGAGGAGGUGGUAGAAUAUCAGAACAACAACACUGCAUAUGAAAAAGCAUCAAAUGAAUCAUCAGAUAAGCCUAUACUUGAAGAAGAAACUUUGACUAAACAUUCACUUCCGGAAAACAAGGAAGCAAAACUCUCUAAAGACAUAGCAUUUGACAGUGAUCAAGACUUGAUGGAUUUCUAUGAUGCUCUUAUGGCUCAAAUGAAUCCUGAUGACCUGCUUGGUUUGGAUAAAUUUGCCAAGAAUACAGCAAACUAUAUAGAUUUAAUUGGUAGCUGUGGACUAUUUCCUGAAUUAGAGGAAGGUGAACUUGCAUAAUAAUUAGCAGUCUUAGUUCACUUCCAUUGGAGAAUUGGUGAGAAAAUAAGAUACCAUUGUCAACAUCAAUCACAUGAAAUUUUGCAAGUGAGCUAAAGGUAAAUAUUUUCUGUGAAAAGAAAAGUUUUCAAUGUAUGCAUUUAGAUUUUUUUUUUUUAAAUUUUGUUUUUUUAUUUUUUCUUUAUAAAAAAUUAUCACUUACAAUCAUAACAAAUACCUUGAAACAAAUCUGAAUUUCCAUUUGGCUGAUGAAAAGCUCUGUGGGGCAUGGUCUGGUUUUUCAACACUGGUGGGGUUGUGCUGGCUUGGAUGAAAGCACAUGUGAAAAUCGCCAAUAUGUUAUGUUCUCAUUCAUUUAUGAUCAUACUGAACUGUCACUUAGAUUGAGAUGGCUGAGAUUGUUUAUGAAAAAUCAUUGUUAAUAUACUUUAUUACUUUCACUUUUAACAAAAAAUAAUUAUAAUUUGAACUACUAUGCAGCUAUGCUCUGUAAUGUUAAGAACAAAAGGAAAAAUGAUAUUCUUACUACUAUAAAGUGAUAUUAGUAUUUGUGGAACAACUCUAAUAUAAUUAUAUAACAAGAAAACUAAAAAGCUAUGAAAUAUCACCAACCACUCGAGACUUAAACAGACGCUCUUUAUGUCUUUACUCUCUAGUUUUUCCCUUAAAACCGAAUCUAAAGAAGUCAACAAUCCAAAAUAAAAGAAACGAAAACAUUAAAUCAUCACGUGUGUUCAUGUUUCCGAGGACUGGAUCCGGUUGAAGCCAACGAGAUAACAAUAUACUAAUAAGCCCCCAAAAUAGAAAAUGCUGGAAAAAUCUACAGUAUAAAAACUGACUUAUAUUAAUCAAAUUCUCUCAUAUAUGACGUCAUCUAAUUUGGUA